CUGAUCACAGGGAAAUGCAAUUACCGGUUCUUGGCUGCACUUUCCUCACGCUGUCAGAGCGUGAGGAAAGUAGUGCCGAGAACCAGCAGUUGGCAGAGCAGGGAUCGCACCGAUCAUCAGGGCACUGAUGAUCAGUGCCCUGAUGAUCGUGCCCAGCAGUGCCACCCACCAGUUCUGCCCACCUUUGUGCCAGUCGUUACCCAGCAGUUGUGCCAGUCAAUGCCCAGCAAUGCCGCCUAUCAGUGCUGACUAUCAGUAUCCAUCAUCAGUGCCGCCUAUCAGUGCCGCCUAUCAG